GGCGCUAAAUAAAUAAACAAUCAUAUCUGUCACCUGUCAGUUGAGUAGAUGGUUAAAAGUUUUCAUUCAUUAUUAUUUCGUAAUGAACUAAUUUAUACGUAGGAACAAUGUCUCUUUUGGGUUCACCUUAUUUGAACUCUUAUAUGCAAGAUGAUUACGACGAAGAAGACCAAGGUUAUGAAGAAGAAGAUGAUCGUGAAAAUGAUGAGCCCCAUGAUGAUAGCGAUGAAGAUACUGAAGAUGCGAGCGAAACCGAUACAGGAAGGCAUGAAGAGCCAUUAGAAAUCAAAGAGCAGAUGUACCAAGAUAAAUUGGCGAGUCUUAAAAAGAAACUUCAACAACUUCAAGAUGGAAGUCAUCACGAAUAUAACAAAAAAUUUCGUAAAUUAGAACUUAUUUAUAAAGAAAGACUCAGAUUAAACACAAUUUAUAGGGAUUAUAUGAUUGAAUGUGUCGAACGCGAUUAUAUUUUGGAGAAAAAAGCGGCUGCUAAAGAAUUUGAAGAUAAAAAAGUUGAUCUGAAAGAAAAUCUUAUUUCCGAUUUUGAAGAUAAACGUAAAGCGAUUGAAUCGGAACGUUAUUCAAUGGAAUUAACUGGUGAUUCAAUGGAAGUUAAACCAGUAAUGACUAGAAAAUUAAGAAGAAGACCAAACGAUCCGGUUCCUGUACCGGAAAAACGACGUAAACCUGUUGCAUGUCAACCCGUGUUUCAAUUAGAUGAAAAAGAGAUUGAAAAUGAUUUGAAGUUAAUCAACCGUGGAAAGAUUAUGACGCCUAUUAGAAAACCAGGGGAAACAUCUCACAGUACUUCUAAUAACACUCAAAAUCAAACUGCGCAAGUGACAUCAUCUGGAAAUGACGUUCCUCUAGUUGAAACACGAGUCGAAGAUGGUAAACUAUGGUAUGAAAGGAAGUGGUUUCAUCGUGGACAAUCGGUUUAUGUUGAGGGAAAAGAUAUUCCCAAAUUUCCAGCUAGUAUUUCAUCAAUUUCUGUGGAAGCUAUUAGUGUUAAGAAAUCAGAUUCAACAAAAGUCAAGAUAAUCAGUAUCAGCAAUUUAGCUAGAGGAAAAGUAUCUAUAAAACGAAGAGCUUCAUAAAAUGAAAUUAAAGAAAUUAAAACAAAAACAUUUACAAUGUUAUGAUUUUAUUGAUUACACAUAACAUGAUUGCACAAUACAAAAAUAAAUAUAACUUUCUUUUGUAAAUAUAGUAUGUUUCUGUAGUAAAUAAAAAAGGCGUUGAUGUUUUUAAGGAGGGACAUUAUUUGGACGAGAAAAGUUAUCUGCAUCUGAAAAUGAUUAGAAAACAAAUCAAAUUUUUUUCUAAUAAGCAAACAUUUGUCAACAUUUCUUAAUAUAAAAUAUACAUGUAUGUCAUUAACUUGUGAAGUAUGUGAAAUAUAAAUAGUGCUUUGUAAUGAAA